AGCGAGACUCCUCACUUGUACCAAGAAGAAAGAACAUAUCUCCUCUGUACUGGCCUCUCUUCACUGGUUACCAGUGAAGUACAGAAUUGAUUUUAAGAUUCUUUUAUUUGUUUUUAAAGCACAGCAUGGACUGGCACCAGGUUACAUCUCUGAACUGCUCAUCCCCUAUUCCACCUCCAGAUCCCUCAGAUCUGCUGACCAAUCACUGCUCUGCAUUCCAGGCACUCAGUUAAAAACCAAAGUAAAAGCCUCCCACAUGGGCCUGAAUCUGUACGCUAGCAAUGCAGACCCCACUGUUGACUGGUGAAAGAGGUCAACUUCCCACGACCUGGUGGUCCCACAACCUCAUCACACACUCCUUACUCAAAGCUGAAAAUGACCACUGAGCAUCAAUCAGACACAGAUGAUGGUGCCCCCACAGACUUUGCACCAAGCAUCAGAAGUGGAGGUGGAAGACCAAGACAUGGCUAGACAAAUGUCUUCCGUUGACAUGCGCCUUGAGACCCACUGAGUCGCAUCACACAGCCAAUGAGCCAGCUACUGAGCCAUCAAAGGAGGCCCUGGGCUUUCUAGGCAGAUGAAGUGUUGAUGAAGACUUGCUGAGGCUUUAUGUAUGUUUAAUGUAACAGCAUAGCACACAAGUGAAAUAGCAGGUAAAUGGCUACUUGAACACUUUUGUCUAAAGCACUUUAUAAUUUGUCAAAUUUAUCACUCACCCUUUCACACACAUGGAACCACCAACCCUGUGGUUAGUGGACAGCAGGUUCUACCUCCUCAGCCACAGCCGCCCCAUGUGAGUGAAGGCGCCUUUCCCCCUAAUCCUGGAAUGGAGGUGGAUAAAAAGUUCUCAGGUAAACAAUCCUGGGCCCGAAAGUGGAUGUGAUGAUGUGGAGUUGAAACAACGGGUUGGACUGAAGCACCGCCUCACCCCUAUCCUUUCUGAUAGACAUGCAGGAGGAGUGAAUGAAGCACAGAGGUCCCCCUCUCUUGGCAGAGAGAGAGAUCUCAUCUGCACCAGGUGGGCAAACUCAUCUACUCCUAGUGGGGGAGCAUCAUGGAAAGCUUGCCAGUGGUUGAUGACAUACUCUUCAACAACUGAGAGUGACUGAAGAUUCAGCUCCAUUGUCUAAGGUUGCUGAGUGAAAAAGAAAGCUGAACAGCAGGUGCACUGGUGCACCUAUAUUACAGUGCAUGGUUGCUUCCUCCUGAUUGGGCGACUGAUGAAGAGAGGAGCGCAGAGCGGGCCAGCCAACCGAUGAUCAUGACUGGCUAGGCGAGCGAAGGCAAGAAGGGAAAGAAAGCCAAAGAAGAAGGAAGGAAGGAAGGGAGGGAAGAAGAGGAGUACAUACACACUGCUGCUCAUCUCCUCAUCUCCACGGCAACCGUGUUCACACACUUCUGGGAGGAGACCUAGGCGAGCUGUAUCAACAGCGUUGGAGGAAAGGGGAAAGAGAAUCGGAUGGGAAGAGGCGAAUGAAAGAACAUCCCUUCAUCACCUUCCAUCCAUCAUGUUUUAGUUUUGUUUACACGCAGCGCUGACAUUUUGAGUUGGUGGCCAACUUUUUCAAGAUCUUUUUGGUUGUUUUUGCCCCUUUAAAUGUAAAACCAUCAUUUCUAAGCUAUUAAAUGAAUGAUUUAAUACUAAUUACUGCACAUUUUGUACAUAUUAUUACACUUUAAAAACAGUCGUCAUCAACCCUGCUGCUGCAUCCUCACACUGAUAACGCCCCAGCUUCACCCAUCUCCACCCUCACCCUGAAAGACCCCCGUCAGUCUUCUGUGCGUGACUUCAUCUGUCUGCCAACCCUUCAUCCGAGGCUAUGAGAGGAGGAGUUGAAUCCCAGAUCACUCCAUCAUGCCAGUUCUGAAGAGUAGAGAGGAGAUCCGGGCUGGCAAUGUUCAAGGGACGGCAUUUACACUCCUCCACAAUGCUUGUCAGCCUCCACCUUUCUCCCUCCUGUCUUCAGGACAAGCGCUUCGUCUCCCCCUCCUCCUCCUCCUCCCCCCGUCGUCCUCCCGCUCCACCUGCAGACCAGUCAUCCCAUCAUCUUUACCCUCAGCCUCGGCUGACCCUGCCCUUCCUCUCCUUGUCCUUCUCUCUGCUCCUCCUCUCCGUACUCCUUUUGCCCGUCUGCGAGUCUCGCAGGGGUGGAGGUCUAGGUUCAGGGCCCGGAGGUGCCCCGGGGGGUCAAGGCGGCCAGAGGGGAGGCAGCAGCCAGAGGGGUGUUAUCAUCCCUCCUCAAUACUCUCCUGGCUCACCGGUUCUUCCCCCGAUCAACCCCAAACUGAUCAACUCACUCAGUAUUGCUGUCAUUUUGGUGGGCAACUCUAGUGAAGUCGCCCUCGGGGCUGGACUUGAGAAAGAGGACUUCCUGCAUAUCCCUUACCCCCCCAAAGUCGAGGUGGUCACCAUGAACGAGACCGACCCCAAGAGUAUCAUCAAUCGGAUCUGCGGACAGAUGACGAGGAACUCGUUGCAAGGCGUAGUGUUCGGUGACGACACGGACCAGGAGGCCAUCGCUCAGAUCCUGGACUUCAUCUCCGCUCAGACUCACAUCCCCAUCCUGGGCAUCCGGGGGGGCUCCUCUAUGGUCAUGGCUGCCAAGGACGACCACUCCAUGUUUUUCCAGUUUGGUCCGUCCAUCGAGCAGCAGGCGUCCGUCAUGCUGAACAUCAUGGAGGAGUAUGACUGGUACAUCUUCUCCAUUGUCACCACGUACUACCCUGGUUACCAGGACUUUGUCAACAAGAUCCGCAGCACCAUCGAUAACAGCUUCGCGGGCUGGGAGCUAGAAGAAGUCCUCCUGCUGGACAUGUCAGCAGACGAUGGAGAUUCCAAGAUCCAGAACCAGCUGAAGAAACUGCAGAGUCCCGUCAUCCUGCUCUACUGCACCAAGGAAGAGGCCUCCACUAUCUUCGAGGUGGCUCAUUCUGUCGGCCUCACAGGUUACGGCUUCACCUGGAUCGUUCCCUCGCUGGUGGCCGGAGACGCAGACAACGUUCCCUCGGUUUUCCCUACAGGGCUUAUCUCGGUGUCAUAUGACGAAUGGGACUACAACAUCGAGGCCAGGGUGCGUGAUGCAGUGGCUGUCAUUGCCACGGCGACCUCCACCAUGAUGCUGGACCGGGGGCCGCACACUCUGCUGAAGUCUAGCUGCCUUGGGACACCUGACAAAAAGAGCUCCAACACCGGCCACUCCAAGGAAAUACUGAAGUACCUCAUGAAUGUGACAUUUGAAGGCCGUAACCUGUCGUUUAGUGAAGAGGGCCACCAGAUGUUCCCCAAACUGGUCAUCAUUCUCCUAGACAAGGACAGACAAUGGGACAGGGUUGGCAAAUGGGAGCGAGGCUCUUUGACGAUGAGGUACCAUGUGUGGCCUCGCUUUGAGCUGUAUUCGGGAGCGGAGGAGCGGGAGGACCACCUGUCCAUCGUGACUCUGGAGGAGGCACCAUUUGUCAUCGUGGAGGAUGUGGACCCGCUCAGUGGAACCUGCAUGAGGAACACCGUGCCUUGCCGCAAACAGCUCAAACUCAACAACCAGACAGGUGAUUCAGGGAUUUACAUCAAGCGCUGCUGCAAAGGUUUCUGUAUCGACAUCCUGAAGAAGAUCGCCAAGGCGGUCAAGUUCACUUACGACCUCUACCUGGUCACCAACGGCAAACACGGCAAGAAGGUCAAUGGGACGUGGAACGGCAUGGUCGGAGAGGUGGUGUUGAAGAAUGCCCACAUGGCGGUGGGUUCGCUCACCAUCAACGAGGAGAGGUCAGAGGUUAUUGACUUCUCUGUGCCGUUCAUCGAGACGGGAAUCAGUGUCAUGGUCUCGCGUAGCAACGGGACUGUCUCCCCCUCCGCCUUUCUUGAGCCCUUCAGUGCUGAUGUCUGGGUGAUGAUGUUUGUUAUGUUGCUGAUGGUGUCAGCCGUGGCUGUGUUUGUGUUUGAGUACUUCAGCCCGGUGGGUUACAAUCGCUGUCUGGCAGAUGGGCGAGAGCCCGGCGGUCCCUCCUUCACCAUCGGUAAGGCCAUCUGGCUGCUUUGGGGUCUGGUUUUCAACAACUCUGUUCCGGUGCAGAAUCCCAAAGGUACCACCAGUAAGAUCAUGGUGUCAGUGUGGGCCUUCUUCGCUGUCAUCUUCCUGGCCUCCUACACUGCCAACCUGGCUGCCUUCAUGAUCCAGGAGGAGUAUGUCGACCAGGUGUCGGGCCUGUCAGACAAAAAGUUCCAGAAGCCUAACGAAUUCUCGCCGCCAUUCCGGUUUGGCACGGUGCCCAAUGGGAGUACAGAGCGCAACAUCCGCAACAACUACCCGGACAUGCAUGCCUACAUGACCAGCUUCCACCAGAAGAAUGUAGAUGAAGCCCUGUACAGUCUGAAGACCGGCAAACUGGACGCCUUCAUCUACGACGCCGCUGUGCUGAACUACAUGGCGGGAAGAGACGAGGGCUGUAAGCUGGUCACCAUCGGGAGCGGCAAGGUGUUCGCCUCCACCGGCUACGGCAUCGCCAUCCAGAAAGACUCGGGCUGGAAGCGAGCUGUGGAUCUGGCCAUUCUCAUGCUGUUUGGAGACGGUGAGAUGGAGGAGUUUGAAGCCUUGUGGCUGACGGGCAUCUGCCACAACGAGAAGAACGAGGUGAUGAGCAGUCAGCUGGACGUGGACAACAUGGCAGGGGUCUUCUACAUGCUCGGGGCUGCCAUGGUUCUGUCAUUCAUCACCUUCAUCUGUGAACAUUUGUUCUACUGGCAGCUGCGCUUCUGUUUCAUGGGCGUGUGCUCCGGAAAGCCCGGGGUCACCUUCUCCAUUAGCAGAGGUAUCUACAGCUGCAUCCACGGGGUUCAAAUCGAGGAAAACAAGUCGACCAUAGACUCACCCUCAGCCACCAUGAAGAAGAACAUGAACAACACCCACUCCAACAUCCUCCGGUUGCUCCGCACCGCCAAGGACAUGACCGCCGUCCCGGGCAUUAACGGCUCUCCGCACGCCGCCCUGGAAUAUAGCCACAGCGGUCGCGAGUCGGCUAUCUAUGAUAUCCAGGAGCACCGGCGCAGCCUGGUGGGCCACCCGGCAGACUGCAAGUCAGCGCCGCCCUACAUACCAGAGGACAACAUGUUCAGUGACUACAUCAGCGAGGUGGAGAGGACUUUUGGCAACUUGCCCCUGAAGGACAGCAACCUGUACCAGGACCAUUACCGGCACCACCACCCGGCCUCGGCUCUGGGUAUGUCCGGCCCCCCGCCUAAUAGGCCGCGUAGCUUAGGCAGCGCUAGCUCGUUGGAGGGGGGCAUGUUCGAUUGCGACAGUUUAGGGGGAGGCGUAGCACCCAUCUUCACCACCCAGCCCCGCCCCUCCAUGACUCACAGGAAUACCAAUAAAUUUGACCUGAUUGCCGGCCACACCCCCGCCGAACCCAACCAGGGUGGGUUCAAGGGAAGCAAUGUGUACGGCAGGUUUUCUUUCAAAGGAGGCGCAUCCAGCACGGGGCUCAUCGGGGGUCACGACAGGUACUGUGGUGGAGGUGGGGGCGGGGCAGGCUCGGGUGGUGAUGAUGGGAACAUUCGCUCUGACGUGUCAGAUAUCUCCACGCACACCGUCACCUACGGCAACCUGGAGGGCAACAACAAGCGGCGUAAGCAGUACAGGGACAGCCUGAAAAAGAGGCCAGCCUCAGCCAAGUGCAGACGGGAGCAGGACGAGAUAGAGCUGAGCGGCUUCAGGAGGAGACCCCACCACCACACCGUCCACCACCACUUCCCCCACGGACCCCUGGCACACCGCACGGUCUCACCUCCCCUGGAGCGGAAACGAGGAGGAGGAGGGGGUAAUUCUUCACCUUACUUAUUCCGCAAAGAUAAGGAGAACCUGAGGGAUUUCUAUGCGGACCAGUUCCGCUCCAAGGAGGGCAAGGCCAAGUGGGAGCAAGAGGGUGGAAGUGGAGGAAGUGGUGUGGGCGGCGGUAGCGGUGGUGGUAUCUGUAAAAGCUUAGUACCUGUGGAAGACUUCCUCAAAGGUAAAGGCAAGAAGGCGGAGUCUAAAGGUGGGCUGGGCUCAGUGUCGGCAGGGCAGCAGGCCCACACCUGCUGGGAGAAGGGAGUGUCUGGGAUGGGAGGGGGAGGCAUAGCAGGAGGUGACUGGGAGUGUCGUAACUGCCACAGUGUGUGUCACCACGGCGGAGGUGCAGGAGGAGGGGGCACGUGCUCAGCUAGCGGAGUUGGGGGGAGCAGUAGUCGCCCCAGCUCCGCUACCUGCAAACGCUGCGACUCCUGUAAGAUACAGCCGAGCAACCUUUACAACAUCAGCGAGGAUAAUAACAUGGUGUUCGCUGGAGUGAAGAGUAGCGUAGGACCCGGCCAAACACAAACUCAGGCACAGCGCAGGAAGCUAGGGCCAGGUGGGAGGGUGUUACGGAGGCAACACUCAUAUGACACAUUUGUGGACCUGCAGAGGGAGGGGGCAGGCCGCAUGGGAGGGGUCGGGGGGGGCGUAGGGGGGCAGUUUCCUCAGCCCCGAAGCGUGAGCUUGAAAGACAAAGACCGCUUCAUGGAGGGCCCCAGCCCUUACGCUCACAUGUUUGAGAUGUAUGCAGGUGACAGGGAGUCGUCUCCCAUGUUUGGAGGAAUAGGGGGGGACAGGGCCAAAGGAGGCUCCUCCUUCAGUUUGUACCGAGGAGGCGAAGGUGGGUUGCAUCGGCGGUCGGUGGGGGAGAGAGACCUGAGGGACAGAGAUAGAGCUAUGAUGGGAGGUGGGGGCUGUGGUGGUGGUGGUGGUGGUGGUGGUAGCAGAGGGGCCGGGACUUACUCCUUGUCUAAAUCUCUCUACCCAGAUAAGGUGAACCAGAACCCCUUCAUCCCAACCUUCGGCGACGACCAGUGUCUUUUACACGGUGCCAAACCGUACUACGUCAAAAAGCCACAGACGCAGCAACAGCAGCAGCAGCAGCAACUACUCAACAACAGCCGAGGAGGAGGAGGGGACUUCCGAGGCUCCAUGGGAGCAACUUCUUAUUUGCCCGCAUCAGCCACAGCUGGGGUGAUGUCCAAUGUGGCCCCCAGGUUCCCCAAAGAGCUGUGUCUGGGCGGGGUGGGGGGGCCCAUGGGGAACCACCACGGCGGGGCCAACAAGCUACUGCCUGUGAGCAGGGACACGUUAGGUUUGGGGCCAGGACAGAGACCCUUCAAUGGUGCCAGCAAUGGACACGUUUACGAAAAGCUCUCCAGCAUCGAGUCGGACGUCUGAGGGUGAAGACGGGCGAAGAAAGAGAGAGAGAGAGAGAGGAGAUGAAGUGGGUGAAGAAAAAAGAGGGAAAAAACAGAAGCAGCACAGGCUGACGACCUCUCCGUGUGAAGAGAACGAGGAGACACAAUCGUGUGUGUUUUGUUCUCACUCCACUAAAUCGAAAGAAUUUUGGACGAUGCACAGAGGCCACUGCAGUCUGAGCUGUGGUGAAGUCCGGCGGGAGACGAGUUUUUAAUGAGAAGAGAGGAUUCUGGUGCUGCUCCAACGCUCAGAGAAAGAUAGAA